UAAGAUGCCACCAUCAGAGGUCUGCAUGAGCCUGACAUCUGUCAUCCGCCCGCACUGCGAGGGGCUCUCUACCAUGACAUCCAGCUAUCACGGCGACGGCUGCGUGCGUGAGAGGACUCCUGGCAGACAGCACGCCGACUCCAGACGGCACACAGGACUGGUUUCGCGGACACUGCUGCUGCACUACUCGCCAACUGAUUCAGGGUCUGCAGGCGAUGGCUCCCCAAUUAGUCGUGCCUGGCACAUGGUGGAAAAUCGAACGCCGUGCAUCAUCUCCCGCUCUCCUACGUCGUCGCUCUAGCUGCUAUUCCUGUCCCACCGGACGAACGCCUCUUUCUCCCUUCCCAAAGCUCGUUGCUGCAGCACUAGCUGCUUCUGUACCCCGUCACGACACCAAGACUUCCCGCUCCUGGAUGCUGGAAAAGCUCCGUUGCACAAGUGCCCACCAAGGUCAGCCACCGACCUGGUUCUGUCCUGCGGCAGCUGUCUGCCGGGUAUCGUACCUUGUGCUGGGUGACAUACACGCCGGCAGCGUGGCUCUAGGGUGCACCGCGGCCCUCAUAACAUCGGAUUACACUCCGCUCUCGACAGAGGUGCAACCCGCGUCCAUGUCCUGGAGGCUUCUGCGCUGCACCUACCCCACUUGCCCUAGAUGCUGUGCUGCUUCUGUCGAUUCAGAUAUCUCCGGCAAAAGCAACCAUAAGGGUACCGUGCCACCGGUGCCCGGGACAGUUCAAGUCAGGUCCAGCAGCAAGGAGAGUUAGUAGCGUGUGCUGGAUACUAGCCUCGAAGCAAUUACCGCUAUGGUUU